AUGGCGAGCAAGAAAACUUACAGAGCUCCAAUUUAUCUCUAUCGCAUGAUCGGGGCCUUUUCAUGGACCACUAUUGAUCAAGCCUACUGGCUCACCCACGGAUUUUGGCAUGGUAGUCUUGUGCUCUCUGUUUUGGGUCUUUUGAUCGCCGCUCAACAAGUCACGGUUUUAAAUUUUCUUGGGCCGAUGCCAUCACCAAAGAAGAUUAGGCAGACAAAGGAAUGUCUAGAGCGCUAUCUUCCUGUGCUUUUGUCGAAAGAUCGCUCAAGAUACCAUCCAAGACAGAAGAUGGUAUUCGCAUGGCAAUGUCCACUCAUGUUUAUGUCGUAUUCGGUUUGUUCAUUUCUCGCUGGCAUCACGAUAUUGGUAUGCACACCUUUGAUUCAAAGAGAAGGCGGAUGGAAUGAUGGCUGCAAUAUUGCAGUCAUGUAUUUGUCAGUUUGCGCUAUAGCUGGAACCACCUUCGUCUUUUGUGGCUUCUGGAUAUACCACUAUGUUGACCUUGGGUUCGAUGAGUAUCAUGACGGUAGCGACGGUGAAGAGGCUGAUGGCUCAGGCAACGAGAAUGGACAGUCAAGCAGGGUUGUCCCAGCACAUGUCGAGAUGCUCUCUCAGCCACUCAGCUUCGUUGAUUCUGGCCACUAUUCAGGCUUCGAUGCCAAGCGCGUCAACUACUGA